AUGAACUUUGCUCUCAGCCUCUCUGAAUACUUUCUGAUGAUCGAAGACCGUGUUCAGUGCACCCCCAAGUUCGUCUCUGCCAUCUACUGGGCACUGUCAGCCUGGAGAGAACGGCCCUGGGUGACCCUGGAGUUCUCCGGCCUGAGCUUCUCCGGGAAAGUCUUCCACACCAGCGACCUCGCCCGCCUAACGGCGUUCCUCCACCUCUUCGCCAAAGACGUGCCCACUCACCUGCUUCUCUCUGAAUUCCGCCUUCUCUCGGCCCAGCACGUCCCGAUCCGCUUCAGUUCCUCGGUCUUCCACCCCGUGCGCAGUUACUCCAUGCCUGCGGACACCUGCUUUCCUGUGGAAAAGGAACCGGCCUUCGGCGAGCCGGACAACCCGGUAGCCAGCGUCCUCACUGACAUGAGCACAGUAUCAAGUUCGCCUCCCGAGUACGCUUACGUGCUGAACAAGGAGAGCUACUACACCCUCCACCCCCUGAGAGGCAACCACCUGACCGUGGUUUUGGAAAGGCCACAGAAAGUCAUCCGGGUGGAGGUGCUGACAGGCUCUGACAAACAAGGGCUGUACCGGCUGCAGCAGGGCCAAGUGGAGCUGGGCUACAGCCCCCUGCCGCACUCCGAAGGCUGUGCUCGCUACGCCCUGCUCGGGCCGCUGGUGGAGGGACACUUGGACCAGAGGGUCUUCUAUGCAGCAGACUCUGCGGAGCAGCUGAGCUGCAUACGGCUGCUGGUGCUGGCCGCUCAGGACUCCUGGCUGCUCAUCAGGCAGAUCAGGGUCUGGACGCAGCCUGAGGAGGAGGAGGAGAGCUAG